GGGUAGGGCUACGUGGUGAGGAGUGGGACCCUUGUCGUGCACCAACACCACGAUGGACGACUAUCCGAUGUAUGGGUUGCUGGUUGGGUUCUCCCUUUGGGGGACCCUCUGGCGUCUCCUCUUUCCUCUGGGAUUUUGGCAUACCUUUGCGUGUAGAGUAGGGCCCACUCGAGGUGGUACCGCCACCCAACCAUACACGAAGGAGGAGGAGGAGAAGAUGGCCGCCAUCCUGCAGGAGAGGAAGGAGAAGAAGGAAGCCAAGAAGAAGGCCUUGAAAGAAGAACAGGCGGCCAAACUGAAGAAGAUGGAGGAAGAAAUGGCCAGGGAGAAGGAGAGGCUGAUAAAGGAAGAAGAGGAGAACCUGAAGGAGGUGGAUGAAGAGGAGGAGGGACCGCCACUGCAAAGGAGUGGGCAGCACAGUGGCGGCAAGGACGCAGAGAUGGAGAAACGGAUUUCGGAGUGGGUCGCCAACUUAUCCCUGGGUGAGGAGGAAGAGGUUGCUAUGUACAUCCCCAAGGAUGAGCAAGAAGCCGCCAUGAAGAAAUGGGAAGCAGAAGAUGUUCUGACACGGCGGGCGAUGAGGAUGAACAAAGGAUGGCGCGUCAAGGUGGCCGCUCCCAAGGAGGAGGAGGCCCGUCCUCGCAGGGAGCCGGUCAAAGUCAAAUUCCCUGAUUCCUACAGUGGGAAAAGGGAAGAGAACUUUUACAAUUGGGAGGCCAAUGUUAAGACUUAYGUGCAUCUGCAACAGGUAUCCCCGGAUCAGCAGGUCCUAAUUGCGAUCCACGCGCUUAGAGAUGAGGCCGCCAGCUUUGCAAGGUUCCAAGUUCGCGCUGCCAACUGCAGUGACGACCCGGUAGCGUACUCCUCGUUCACGUCCCUCACCGAAUUCUUGAAGUUGUUACGCGAGCGAUUCGCUGAUGUUGCCCGUAGUGUCAAAGCCUCAGAUAGGCUUCAGACAAUACACUCGCGCCAAUGGAAGAGUGCAAGGGCACUCAAGGGCACAACGGAUGAGUUAGUGGCUGUUCCUGACCACAAGGUCAUAGAGACCCAGUUGGUCAACCUCUUCUACCGGGCCAUGCCCGAAGCGCAGCGUGGUCACUUCUUUGACAAGAGUCAGGACCCUGCUAUGACUUAUGAUGUACUUAGCAAGGAAGUGGUCGCGUUCGAGGCGAAGUCUGCGUCUAUUUCCACUUUCUGGCACAAAGAUUUAGACAAAGGCAAAAAGUGGAAGGACCGCACUAUCUCAGGGAAGGUCAAGACUAAGGAUAGCCUUGUGCUCACUUUAGAUGAAGGUAGUGUGGAUGAAAUCCCCUACGAUCAGAUUGAGUGGGGGUUAGAGGAGGAGGACAGCGGUGCGGGCCAGGGGAGAUCCUACGCUGCUGUCGCGGCUGGAGGGAGGCCGCAAGGAGGAAGAGGCCAGGGCCAAGGGGGCCGGGCCUCAGGGAACCGAUUCCAGGGCGAUCAGGGGGUUGGCGGCAGAGGAGGAAAUCGCCAAGCGGGAGGCAGGGGUCAAGGUCCCUUGCAAAACCGUCCUAGGAAUAGGUCUCCCUAUAGACCUAUGGAGGAGAAACCGAUGGACCCUGCGAUUGCCAAACUGCUGGAGGAGUUUCAAGAUUUAACUGAGCCGCCGAUAGGAGUAGUACCGCGGCCCAUCCAGCACCAUAUUGAGAUAGAGCCUGGUAGUAGAACUCCUAAGGGUGCGGUGUAUAGGAUGUCCCCGCGGGAGUUAGAGGAGUUGCGGAAGCAGUUAGACGAGCUCCUCGAGAAGGGUUGGAUUAGGCCCAGUUCGUCUCCUUUCGGAGCACCUGUCCUCUUUGUUCCUAAGAAAGAGGGAGAGCUGAGAAUGUGCAUAGACUAUAGGGGUCUGAAUGCGAUUACAGUGAAAAAUGUUGAGCCACUGCCAAGGAUAGAUGAUUUUUUAGAUCGAGUCCAGGGGUCCAAAUAUUUCUCCAAGAUAGAUUUAAAGUCCGGAUAUCAUCAAAUAGAGGUACAUCCUGAUGAUCAGUAUAAAAUAGCCUUCCGGACCAGGUAUGGGCAUUAUGAGUUUAUAGUGAUGCCCUUUGGACUAACCAAUGCGCCAGCUACGUUCCCGCGUUGUAUGAACGAUUUGUUUAGGCCGUGGUUAGAUAGAUUUGUUGUAGUUUACUUGGAUGACAUUUUAGUGUUUAGUAGGACCCUCGAAGAGCAUCAGGGUCAUCUCAGGCAGGUCUUGGAGAAGCUGAGGGAAGCUAACUUCAAGAUCAAUGCAAAGAAGUGCGAUUGGGCGAAGACCCAAGUUUUGUAUUUAGGCCACGUCUUGGAUGGGGACGGCGUUAAGCCAGAGGAUAGCAAGAUCGCAGCGAUUAGAGAUUGGCCCACGCCACGUACGCUGACAGAGUUGCGCUCRWUCCUGGGCUUAGCAAAUUACUACAGGAAGUUCGUGAGGAACUUCUCCACCAUCGCUGCGCCCCUUCGCAGAUUGCUGAGAAAAGAGACAAUCUGGAAGUGGGACAAGGACUGCACGUCUGCGAUGAAGAAAUUAAAGCAGGCAUUGAUAGAGUAUCCGGUCCUUAAGGUCGUCGAUCCGUCCUUGCCUUUUGUCAUUACUACGGAUGCUAGCCAGUACGGCAUAGGCGCGGUGUUGCAGCAAGACGAUGGCAAUGGGUAUAGACCCGUAGAGUUCAUGUCCGCCAGAAUGCCUUCAGAGAAGGUCGCGACAUCUACCUAUGAGAGGGAACUCUACGCUCUCAGGCAAGUGUUAGACCAGUGGAAGCACUACUUGCUUGGGAGGCACUUCAAAGCCUAUUCUGACCAUGAAACGUUACGAUGGUUAAAGACGCAGGCCAAGAUGACACCUAAGCUUACUAGGUGGGCCGCAGAGAUAGAUCAGUACGACUUUGAGCUCAAGCCUGUCAAAGGGAAGUAUAACGUAGUCGCGGACGCUCUGAGUAGAAGAGUUGAUUACUUCGGGGCAAUAGUGCACUACCUCGAUAUAGGGAAGGACCUACAACAGAAGGUGGCUUACGGAUCGAAAUGGUAGAGUUUUCAUAAGCUCGGACUCCCCUUGGUCCACAUGGGUCAAACAUGGAAUAAUAAGAAUUAAAGAUCUUUGGGACCCGAUAAAUAAGAGUUGAAAGA